AUGAGCUGUACAGCAGCAUGUCUGAAGUUUGUUCUCCUUGGCUUCUGCGUGGCCUAUGGUGUAAGUAAAGUAUCAUUAAUAAAUACGUCAAAGCAUUACUUUUUAAGGGUGUACUGAAACGUAAAAGCAAGGUAUUUUUAAUGUGGUUUCUUGAUGAAAGGUACGGAGAAACUACGUGAUUUUCUCUAUGCAGAAUUGGGAUAAAAUUAGAUGUGUAACAAAAUAGACGUUUGGCAUAUGUUCUUAGUCAGACAAAUGAUUGUCGUCUGCAAUUUUUCAUAUGAUAUUUUAGUGGAACAGCUCGAAGCACUCAGUUAGUCCAUACAGUUCACAAAGCAAACGCUCGACUUUAUUGUUCAAGUGUCUAAUUAAGGGUCGCCAAUGAAGUGGGGGAAAUAAAAAUAUUUCAUUGGUCUACACUACGCAAAUUUCUUUUUCCCGGAGUGUUCUGGUAUUUCACUAAACGCCGUUUGUAUUUGGUUUCCAAAUUAAUGUCCUGACAUACUGUGCGCCUUUAAAAUCUUUAUGUCGUGCAAUACCCAUUUUCGAAGUGUCACCUGCUUAUUUAAGCACGCAUAAAAUGGCCCACAACAUUGUAACUAAACAUUAGAUGGAUGAAUUCAUCUUCACUUACUCCUCGCUGUUUCACUGUGGACUUAUUCAAAACUAAAUUAUUUUUCGAUAAUUAACAUAAAAGGUUAAAACAAAGAGAGCGUUGGCAUUUUCCUUGUAUGACAAAAUUUGAUCCUAGUUGAAAAUGGUCGGUGAAUCUACGGACUUAAACAGGUUUCAAGCGCGUUAUAAGAAGCAUUGAUUUGUAUAUGACCUAGCGUUAUUAACAGACAGAAUCGGGAAAAUCUAGGCACGUUAGUUUAGGAUAACUGAUAGGUUUGACUUUUAAAAAAUUCGAUUAGUACACAAAAUGCUAUAAUUAAUCUUUCCAUUGUAAAUAUCAUAAUGUGUCUUUUAAGUUAGUUUUAUUCAUUCAUGGCAGGAAAGUAACCGCAAAACUUUUUUGUUUUUGAUAAAAAUGCGAUUAACAGAGGAGUCCUGGAUUAAGAUGGUGGGGUAUGUAUUUAUGAGCAACGUCCAGAGCAACGGGACUGUGGGUGACAUAUGUUUGGGCUGAAAUAAAAGACAUAUCGAUGCAUGAAAUUUCAUGCAGCCUUGUUACUUCUGUUACUUUUAGCUUCUCGGAAUUUGCUUUUCUGGAGUCGGCAUUUACCUCAUUGUGGAAUUACAAAAGAUACCCGGUCUUGCUGAUGCGGCAAAGUGGGCCCCUGCAUUCUUCUUGGCUCUCGGAAUUUUCCUCGGCCUCGUUGCUGUUCUGGGCUGUGGCGGCGCAGUAACGGGAAAUAAGUGCCUGCUUAUCAUUGUCAGUGCUUUCUUUUCCACGCUCACCAUCUCCUGUUUAGUUUGCAACGGUGACCAUCGUCAUGCUGGUGGCAGCCUUCAUCUACGGUAUCGCCGUUUUGGUUGUCAGUGCGCAGGUAGGUCGAAGGAUGAUUUUUUGGUACCCUGCUCUACCAGAUCUCCACGGUCAUGUUGGAUCUGCUGUUGGAAGUUUUUAACAACGACCAGGAUGCGGCAAAAGUGUGGUUGGGUAUUAUUGAAGCCGCGGUAGGAUUUUCAAAUUCAUCUUAACCGUUGUCAUUAGUUUAAAUGCUGCGGAAUAAACGACUCAGGCGAUUACUACAGUAUUCCGGAAACAUGUUGCGAACCAGGAACAAGAAGAUGUUCGUCCACGACUGCGUACAAGGAGGUAACAAACAAGUAGCAACGCUUGUCGUUUUAUUUAUAUAAUUCUCGGACAAUUCCCGUAUCCAGGGGUUUGGGCCGUCAACAUUUAGUGCGCUCGAAUUCCUUGAAGAAGCUGAUUGUUUUAUGGAAUGUUGGGGUUUGGUAUCUUUUGCGCAGUAGUGCAUGGAUCUUUUUACAUAAAGAAGAACACCAAAUUUCAUCUUACUAAUAAUAAUAGUGUAUUUUAGGGUAAUAGGCAAUGCCCUUGAUGAUCCUAUUGAACACGGUAAAUAUAAUAUAAAUGCUAAAUGCACAUCUUACAUUAACAUAUUUGUUCGCGGAAAACGUUUUUACAGUGAGGGACUGCGAAGGGUGCGACAGACGGUCUUUUCAGUGUACAUAUGAAAUUUUAAGUGCAGUUAUAUACAAUCAGCAUAAAGUGCAGUCAUUUGCAUAGUUUAAGAGGGGAAAUUUCAUUAAAAGUCAGGGAUGUGUUACAUAGGGAUGAAAUCAAGAAAUGAUACUUGUGGAUGGCCGCAGAUAGUCCUGUAGUGAGAGUCGUCGUUUAUCAAAGAGCAAACGAUCCAGCUGUCAAGUGAAUUGAAGAGAUCGAUUAUUCUGUCCUUACGACUUGGUCAAUAUGUAAUAAAAAUACUGUGAUAUGCAAGUAUUGGCACCUGCACAUGGAUUUUAAUCACAGCGGUCGAAUUCGUACAGUACGUUUUGCCUGAAAGUUGUUUUCACGGUCUCAUAUAUAUGCACCAAUAUCUAGGCUUAUUUUAAUGGUUUUCUAUGGAAUGGUGAAGCUUCUUAACCACUUAAUAAUAAAACAUGCACCACGCGUUUUAUUUUUAAGGGUUGUGGCGUUAAGAUGGUGGAUUCGAUGCUGAAGUACUCAAAAGCAAUCGGAGGAUGCUGUAUUGCCCUUACAAUCGUCCAAGCCCUUGCUGUUAUUGGAGCUUACAUGCUGAUGUCAAAGUCGACUUCGAAUGCUUAUGCUUAA